CUUAGGCAUUGUCAACCCCCAAUCAAUUUGAUGUGGGUCAUUGCUCUCUUACCAACUAAAUUAAAAAGGAAGCUCAUGUUAGCGUAUUUUAUAGCUUAACUUGACAAUUUCUUAGAGGAGAUACAAUCACGAUUCACAAUUUUAGAACAACCACCUCAGAUAAUACAAUCUUAUGGAAACAACACUAAUGAAGCACACAAAUUACAAUUUCGUACAUGUUUCGUGCAUGUGCAUAUUAAGAAAAAUAUAAGAAUUAAGGAGAGAACUUACUUGGCACACGACUUUGAUGAGCAAAAAUCCCGUCAAUAAAUUCCAGGUGGAGAUGUCCAAUCGAUCAGGUCUAGACAUGUGUAUAUAUCAACAUGCUAUACUACAAACAGAAAGAGUUCGGUUUGUCAUUCCAAUGACAACAUAUGCUCACCAUGUAUUUAUUCCUUGCAAAGAGAAGGAUAUCAAACCAUCUUGUAUCUGCUUCAAUUAUGGAUAUCACUCAUAUUUUUUAUAUUGUAGUAAUUAGAACUCCACUUUUAAAUUUGGAAGCAAGUGACGUCUAUCACAAAACAUCAUAUUGUAAAAACCUAUAUGCAAUCAUGAGGUUAUUUCACUCAAAAGAAACCAUGUUUUAUAUGUUGAAGAUCAACAUUAUAACUUGAAUAGUUCAAUUCAGCAAUGAUCUCAGCUCUUACAUAUAAAUUUUGUGUAAAAGUUGUAUGAUUGAAGCUAUUCACUAUGUUAACACUAAUCAGAAUAGUCUUUGUUUACUGGAAACUAAUCACAAAACACUUCAAAUAAGAAAAAUGAUAAUACUGAAAAGCAGUAUCAUAACAAAAGCAACAAAAAGUAUAGCUAUUUCCCUUUAAUCAACUCAAAAGUCAACCUAGAAGAUCAACCAAAUGAACUGAUGUUAAGAGAUCACACAUUAUUGUCAAUGAAACUAAAUAACCCACCAAUCAUCUCCAAGCAAGAGCAAUCAACCUUUAGAUAUUUACCCCUCCAAAAAUUGCUUUGCGUAACAAUAUAGGUGGAGGAGGUUGUCAAGUUCGAUGGGAAGGUUUGGAGAGACGGCGAUGGUUGAGCGUUUAGUAGGUCGAGAGCACGAGACACUGUUUAUCUUUAAUCAACUCAAAAGUCAACCUAGAAGAUCAACCAAAUGAACUAAUGUAAAGAGAUCACACAUUACUGUCAAAGAAGCUAAAAACCCCACCAGUUAGCUCUCCAAGAACACUCAAACUUUUCAUAUUUACCCUUGCGAAAAUUGCUUUGUGUAACAAUAUAGGUGGAGGAGGUUAAGCGAUUGUCGAGUCCGAUGGGAAUGUUUGGAGAGAUGACGAUGGUUGAGCAUUAGUAGGUCGGGACACCAUUUAGACCCGAUUACAUUAGUUGCGCAUUUUCAAUCCGCAUUCGACAAACCAACAUCACUCAACCUUUCCAUAUUUACCUCACUCUUAAAGACACAUGUGCCCCAUAUUCACUCAAAAUUUCUAUGUUCAAAAAUAUUGUGGCUUUAUAAUAGUUGUAUUAUUUAAGUCUAUGUCAAGAUUUCUAUAUCAUUUCUACACAUUCAAUACUGCAUUUCGAUGUGCAAUAUUUGCACCAAUGACAUAGGCUUUCGAUUUUGAAAUUAUUCUCAUUUUAUAAAAUAAAUAGAAAAAGAAUUAAUUAUUAAACUCAAAUUAAAGUAAUCAAAGUAUGAAAAUAGAAGUAUCAAAUACCAAAAAAAUAUUUAUGGGAGAGUUAGCGGCUUAGCUAACUGUGAUGGAAAAUUCCUAUGAUUUUUAGAUUUAAGCUUCCUGUAUGUUUUUAAUUUAAAAAGUUUAAACAAAUUUGUUUAGUGUAACUGGUUAUGUUUCUUGUAUUUUCUCAAAGAUUUCACAAUUCAAAUGUCAUCACUUAUGCAUUUUUCCUGUAAAUAAGAAAAUAAUAAAUGAAUGUGAAGACGAAUCUACCCUUCCUACUUUUGUUAUGGAUGCAAGGAUUUUUGUAAUGGGGAAACACCUUUCUCAUUUCACUAUUAUAUUAGGUGUAGCGAAAGUAACCCGGGUGGUUGAGUGUUUAGUAGGUCAGAUACUAUUUGGGCACGAAUACAUUCGUAGCGUCUUUUACAUCCGCGUUGGACUAACCAACUACACUCAAUCUUUCCAUAUUUACCCCUCCAAAAAUUGCUCUGGGGAAACAAUAGAGGCAUAGGAGGUUAGCCGGUUAUUGAGUCUGAUGGGAAGUUUGGAGAGACGAUGAUGGUUGAGCGUUUAGUGGGUUGGGGCACUAUUUGGGCUUGUUUACAUUAGUAGUGUCUUUUCCAUCCGCGUUUGACAAACCAACAUCACUCUAUCUUUCCAUAUUUACCCCUAUCUUAAAGACACAUGUGCCCCAUGCAUAUUCACUCAAAAGUUUUGUGUUUAAAAAUAUCGUUAAGAAUUCUACAUCGCUUCUACACAUUCAAUAGUGCAAUUCGGUAUUCAAUAUUUGAAUCAAUGACAUUUCGGUUGCUAAUUACCAUGGUGGAAAAGUCCUAUGAUUUUUUAGAUUUAAGCUUUCUGUAUGUUUUUAAUUGAAAAAAGGUCAUGCAAACGCGUUCAUUGUAACUGGUUAUAUUUCUUAUCUUUGUUUGAAAAGACAAUAGUUCAAAUAUCAUUACUUAUUAUUAUUUUUUUAAAUAAGAAAAUAGUAAAUGAUUGUGAAGACGAAUCUACCCUUCCUACUCUCACUCUGGAUGCAGGAAAUUUGAAAUGGAGCUUCAAGUUUCUCAUUUGCUUUUAUUUAUUGUGUAUAUGCAUGUCCACGACAAAUGUUAAAGUUGUAAUAUUCGAACUAUCGGAAACAUAUGUUAUUUCUUAUUGAUGAGAUUAUACAUAAAAAAACCAUGCCAUGAACUAUGUGAUUAUCUUGUCACAUUUUUUCCUUGUGCACAAAUUCAAUAAGUCACACGCGAGCAAAAGUAAAUAAGUCAUUUUGCGUCUUUAUUGAUCAGACGAAACCCAUAUUUAAACCGAGGAAAAGGAUAUCUAGCACUGUGCUACAGUUUAAAAAAAACAACUACCAAACCAAGAAGAAUUUUUUAACAACACAAAGUUUUCAUCAGACAAAAAAAAUUGCUGACUUUUAUUAUUAAUAUGCGUCUUUCAAAACACACCAUAUACUCUUAAAAUUAUAGAUGAUAGAUAAGAGGGUGUGUGGUCUAGUGAUAAUGUAGAGAUGACAACAUCCCACAGAGACAUGCAACCGCUAAAUUCGAAACUUAAUUAAGACCAACAACCAUCCAUCCAAACAAACAAACAAAGAUUUUGACUGAUUAAAUUGGAAGCCACACGCCGAGAACAAGUUCCUCGCCGGAACUCACCUGCUUCCCAUGAACCGCAUCGUCACGGACUUCCCACCGCUCACUGAACCUGUAAGAGCACUGUUGAAGAUCACAGCUGCUACACUGUUGGAGAUCACAACUGCAGAUCCCUACAAUCAAUACAUAAUCUUCCAAAGAUCAUAAUCUUCCAAAGAUCAACUCAACACCAUUAUUGGAGACACACACCAGCCACAUUUAUUACUCAUGUCUUGUACUGUACAUUAUCACGUUUGUAAGCUGUAUAAAUGAAGACUCAUUGUAAUGAAAUGAACUAAGAAGCAGAGAAACAAUCUUGCAUUCUCCAAAUUACUCUCACCUGCGCGUGUUUGGUUGUCUAGUGUACACUCACGACAAUAAAAGGGUCAAGGACAAAUUCGAGGAAAGGGGGAGAGCUGGUAUUUUUGUUGGCUACCCACAAGGGCAAAAGGGUUACAAGGUUUUCGACAUGGCGACUCAGAGAGUCAUAGUUUCUCGAGACAUCAAGUUCUUGGAGAGCUCAUUUCCACAUAAAGAUCCCAAUAAACUCUCAAACUUCGAAUCUCAAGUCCCAAGCUCGGUUCCAACCUCACAUCCACCUCUUGUUACCUUUGAUGAAGAUAUUGACCCUAGCAUGUUCCCAUCUGUGCCCGCCAAUGAAGACCAAGAAACCCCAUUGACUGUAGAGGAGACCAUGGAUCCAAGCGUUCGACCAACGGCUCCCACUACUCAGCUUCGACGUAGCAUUCGAGAACGAAGACCUUCCUCAACUCUCAAAGGAUUUGACACAUCACUCCCAACAUCUCUCACCAUCACGGAACCUGCCCCACCAUCAGCUUCCCCUCAGGUAUAUCCAUUAGCAAACCAUGUGUCAUAUGAUCGGUUUUCAGUGUCUCACAAAGCUUUUUUGUCUGCCAUAACCCUUACAAAGGAGCCUAAGAGUUAUCGUGAAGCCGCGAUUGAUCCUCGAUGGCAAAAGGCAAUGAAACAGGAGAUUGAAGCAUUAGAGGCCAAUCAAACGUGGGAAUUGACGACCUUACCACCGGGGAAGAAGGCCAUUGAUUCCAAAUGGGUAUACAAGGUCAAAUUCAAACCCUCUGGAGACAUCGAACGCUUCAAGGCAAGGUUGGUUGCCAAAGGUUUCACCCAAAUUCCAGGGGUAGAUUAUCAUGAUACAUUUGCUCCUGUUGCCAAAAUGGUCACUGUUCGUAGUUUGAUUGCUGUUGCUGCUUUACGGAAUUGGCCACUACACCAACUCGAUGUCAAUAACGCUUUCCUUCAUGGUGAUUUGGAUGAGGAGGUGUACAUGAAGAUGCCUGAAGGGUUUGGUCAACCAAAUGACACGAGAGUCUGCCGAUUGAAGAGAUCCUUAUAUGGUUUGAAACAAGCAUCCCGCAAUUGGCAUGCCAAAUUCACGUCAUCUCUCCUCCAACUGGGAUUCAAGCAAUCCAAGUUUGACUACUCCCUUUUUAUCGCACACAAAGGUUCCACUUUUGUCGCUGCUCUCAUUUAUGUUGAUGAUGUUGUCUUGACCGGAAAUAAUGAACAAUUCAUCAGCCUGGUGAAGCAACGACUCGAUAAUGACUUCAGCAUCAAGGAUUUAGGACCUCUCAAAUUCUUUCUUGGAAUCGAAGUCGCACGCUCGCCAAAUGGAAUUGUCCUUAGUCAACGAAAAUAUGCCAUCGAUAUUUUGGAGGAUAGUGGUCUUGCCAAUGGCCGGCCGAGUGCUUUCCCCAUGGAGCAGCACCACCAACUAGGCAUGGCCAACACACCUAGUUCAGCUGAUCCUGGUCAAUAUCGUCGGCUGAUUGGUCGUUUGCUCUAUCUGACGGUUACUCGCCCAGAUCUCCAGUAUUCCGUCAACUUUCUUUGUCAAUUUGUUGCAGACCCUAAACAAGAACAUUUCACGGCCGCAGCUCGGGUCCUGCGCUACCUCAAGCAAUCUCCUGGCCAAGGGCUCUUCUUUCCUAGUCAUGGGUCGUUGCAGUUAGAAGGAUUUUGUGAUGCAGACUGGGGCGGGUGUGCUCUAACUCGCCGCUCCACCACUGGUUAUUUCAUUCGCCUUGGUGCCGCUCCCAUCUCUUGGCGCACCAAGAAGCAAAGUGUGGUUGCUCGAUCUUCCGCAGAGGCCGAGUAUCGUUCAAUGGCUACUGCAGUUAGUGAGCUAAUAUGGCUACGUGGUCUUCUGGUUGAGCUUGGAGUCCCUCAAACUCAAUCAACGCCACUCCAUUGUGACAAUCAAGCCGCCCUGCACAUAGCGGCCAAUCCUGUCUUCCACGAGCGAACUAAACACGUCGAGAUGGAUUGUCAUUUUGUUCGCGAACGCGUACAAUCUGGGGAAAUUCUUCCUAUUAAAAUCAACACUCGAGACCAACUUGCCGACCUCUUCACUAAAGCGCUCGGUGCUGAGCGGUUUCGCUAUCUUCUUCGCAAACUGGGCAUUUGUGACCUUCAUGCGUCAGUUUGAGGGGGAGUGUAAGAGCACUGUUGAAGAUCACAGCUGCUACACUGUUGGAGAUCACAACUGCAGAUCCCUACAAUCAAUACAUAAUCUUCCAAAGA